GUUGGGAGGGGAAGUUGGGGGAGGAGGCGGAAGAGGAGCUGUCGGAAGGGGGAGGAGGGAGGGAGGGAGGGAGGAAAAAGAGGAGGAGGCGGAGGAGAACUGAGCUGAGCAGAGCAUCGAGCCAAAGGGGAGAUGAGUUUGUCUGUCCUCGGCUGAGGCUCCGGCCGGGCCUAGGGAACGGGGAGCUCGGCUUGGAGCGACACCCGUGGAAGUGGGAGGAGGUGGCUUUGGGACUUUAACCCCUUGUAGGCUCUGCGGCAGGGGAUUUAACCCUUUGUGGAUCCGGCCCCUCGGAGUCAGCGUCAUCGGGUAGUUUUAACCCCUUCGGGGCUGGGUUUAACCCAUUGGAUUUAACCUAAUCAUCUUGCCCAGCAACUUCUCGAUCGCGGGGGCGGUCUGCAGGAAGGCUUGAAGCCCACCCCCUCUCCACAUUACGUACUGUUCCUGCUGCUGCUCCCCCUUGGACCCGCUAUCUGGUCGCGCUCUGGGCGCUUAACCCUUUACUGACUUGAGCGCCCCCAAAUUGCAAUUGGAGUUUGCUGACAGGAGGACUGGCUAAAGGCAUCACUGCAGGAAUUACAGACCGAAGAGGACUGUGUUGGACAUUUUUGCAGAGAAAAGCAAACCUUUCUUUCCUUAAGGACUUACAGCCAACAUUCUUCAAACUUCGAGAAGAAGAUUCUAUUAGCAAUGGCCGAGCCACUCUUGUCAGAGUAUCAGCACCAGCCUCAAACUAGCAACUGUACAGGUGCUGUUGCUGUCCAUGAAGAACGGAACCCUGAUCGCCCCCCAGGCGCGGAGGAGCGGGUGCCGGAGGAAGACAGUAGGUGGCAAUCGAGAGCGUCCCCCCAGUCGGGUGGUUCUCCGGGGCACGGGGGGGAAGGGAGCCUGGAACCCCAGCCGUCUCCCCUGAAGACCCAGGUCUGCCCAGAAUCCAGCUGUCCGGAAGCGGGUGAGAAGGGCCAGAAUGGGGACGACUUGUCCGCUGGCGGAGCUCCCCCGCAGCAGAGACAGGUGGGCAAGAAAAAACAUAGGAGACGCCCCUCCAAGAAGAAGCGGCUUUGGAAACCGUACUAUACGCUGACCUGGGAGGAGAAGAAAAAGUUCGAUGAGAAACAGAGCCUGCGAGCUUCAAGGAUUCGAGCCGAGAUGUUCGCCAAGGGUCAGCCAGUUGCUCCCUAUAACACCACGCAGUUCCUCAUGGAUGACCAUGACCAGGAGGAACCGGAUCUUAAAACCGGCCUCUACCCCAAACGGGCCGCUGCCAAGUCCGACGACACCAGCGAUGAGGACUUUAUGGAAGAAGCGGGUGAGGAGGAUGGGGGCAGCGACGGGAUGGGAGGAGACGGCAGCGAGUUUCUGCAGCGGGACUUCUCGGAGACCUAUGAGCGGUACCACGCGGAGAGCCUGCAGAACAUGAGCAAGCAGGAGCUCAUCAAAGAGUACCUAGAGCUGGAGAAGUGCCUCUCGCGUAUGGAGGACGAGAAUAAUCGGCUGCGGCUGGAAAGCCAGCGGCUGGACAGCCAGCGGCUGGACGGCGACGACGCGCGCGUGCGGGAGCUGGAGCUGGAGCUGGACCGGCUGCGCGCGGAGAACCUCCAGCUGCUGACCGAGAACGAACUGCACCGGCAGCAGGAGCGGGCGCCGCUGUCCAACUUUGGAGACUAGACUGAAACUUUCCCGGGGGAGGGGGCAAAGGGGACUUUUUACAGUGAUGGAAUGUACCAUUAUAUACACGUGUAUAUAAGACAGCGGGCCUUUUUAUGACACAUAAUCCGAAAAGAAAUCCCCCCUGGCUUUGGUUGGUUCGGUCAGUUUAGCUAUGAUGUAGCUUGUGUGCUUUCUCCUGUUCUUUAAUUAUGUGAAACUGAAGGGUUGCUUUCCUUGUUUUCCUUUUAGGAGUUUUUUUUUUUUUUUCCUUUUUUAAUGUGUAAGUAACUCGACCAGGUUAUAAUGCAUUUUCUGUUAAAAAUCUCCUUAAAUGGAGCUAUAAGGUGGCCAAAUCUGAGAACCAUUAAAUUCAUUCUAGUUAUAAUAAAUAUUUGUAAAUGUAACAUAGUUUGUGUGAUUUCUAGAGCUAAGUCAAAGGAAUACUGAUUUAUGUGAUUGCAUUGGGGGGAGGGGUAAAGGAAGCAUUUAAUUUGUCCGUUUUCAAAAUAAGCCUUAAUGGGAGAAUUUUCAGUUUGCCCAGUUUUCCCUUGAAUGGGUUUUAGUGUGCUACAAUAUACAGUUCCAGCAAAAUAUAAAGAUUUAAUUAUCUUCACUACUUAAGUGUGUUAUUUUCUAGUGCCUUCCUUUUCUUACUUGAUGCUGGAGAAAUAAACCAGCGUUGGGUGUUUGGGGAGUAGGAAGUAACUGAUCAGCAGCUUAAAAUUUAAUUCUGCUUCUCAGUAGCCAUUCAAAAGUCUAUUACCAAAAAUGUAAACCUAAUUUGGCCAUUUGUCAGGCUGGACAACUGACAGCCUCAUUUCACUCCUACAAGUGGGUUUUUAGUGAUUUCCCCCACCUCUUCCCAGUAAGGCUGGAAGGAGUUCUUGGAUGCCUCGGAAAGGCACUUAUCUUGCUUGCUUAGUGCAAGCAAUGGUUGAAUAAACAGUUGUGAGGCAGCUCUUUAAGUUAAAAUAUUCAGAGGUAGGGAAUAUUGUAUUUAUAGAGGAAAUGACCAUUUGGGGCAUUCCAAGGACUUAACCCUAAAUGCCCAAUACUUAAGUGCUCCCUAUACCAAAAAAAAAGGAAUAGGAGCUGUCCACCUUUCCAUGAGACUCAAACUAAAAUUAGAAAUGCCCCCUCACUGCAAAUAAAAUGUAAAGCUUCUGGCUGAGCUAAGUUAAGUCCUUGGGGGGCCAAGUGGGAGCCCUGCACCAUCCCUAUACAGCCUCAUUCUCAGUCUUCUAAACUGUGCUGAUAGCUGCUUAGUCCUUGAGUAGUUCUACUCUUCAAAGUGCAGGAGGCCCUAGGAAUUCCUUUCUGCCCCCAAGUCAAAAUAGAAACUCUUAAGACUGUUCCCUCCUGUUAUCAUGAUUACCCAGCCCAUCUUUACCUGCCCCCAGUGUUCCCCUAGACCAAAUGCAUUGCUCAAAUCACUAGCACAAGGCUUCUUUCACCUGGUUCCUUAGAAACAAAGGGGGCCUUGGGGUCCUUGAGCCCCAUGGAAUUGUAUGUAGACUUGUAUUAUGUGUAGGUACUUCUGGAUAGAGGGUUCUAGAGAAUCGAAAUUCUCAAACUCCUUGAAGGAGAGAGGGUUCUAGAGAAUCGAAAUUCUCAAAUUCCUUGAAGGUUGGGGG